AUGUCAACUCGAAAAUAUGAAUCGGGUUAUUCGAAACUUAAAAAAAAGAAAAGAGUUGAAGCUUUGAUUGAAUCACAAAAAAGGGCUUUAGACAAAUUUGUUAAGACAAACAAAAAAAGUAAAAUUGAAAACACCGGUGAUUGCUCGCUAAAUGAACAAGUUAAUAAUGUAAACCAUGAUGAAAAUGAAAAUCGAGAAGAGGUAGUUGAUGAACAAGUUAACAAUAUAUAUGCUAAUGAAAAUAGAGAAGGAAUAGCUGGUGAAAAUGAAACUAGAGUACAAGUUAAUAUGCAAGAUAAUAGUGAUUCUGACACUCACAAUGAAGAUAGAGAAGAAGUAUUAGAAAAAUCCUCUCAUAAAAAUAUAUAUGACCCAAGUCAAUGGACAACUAUUGACACAAAUUUGAGAGAUUUAUUAGUAAAGAACGGCCCUAUAAAAAUUACCGAUAUAGAUUUUCCUAAGGAUGUAUAUGCAAGACACUUUUCUUCAUCACUUUACAUUCAACAGUUGUCUAACGGAGAAAAACGUGAAAGAAGAUGGUUGGUUUAUUCUCAAAAUUUGGAUAAAGUGUUUUGCUUCUGUUGUAAAUUAUUUAAUGCUCUUCCUAGUACAAGUAAAUUAGCACAUGAAGGUAGUAAUGAUUGGAGAAAUAUUAGUGCUAAGUUGAAGAGUCAUGAGACGAGUAAUGAUCAUAUUGUUAAUAUGAGUUUAUGUAUUGAUUUAGAAAUGAGGUUAUUAAAACAUAAAACAAUUGACAAGAAUAUUCAAGAAAGAAUUAAUAGAGAAAGAGAGCAUUGGAGAAAUUUAUUACUUAGAAUCAUUGCGGUUGUUAAAACUCUUGAUGAGAUUAUUGACGAUGAAGUUUUAAAAACUCCUCAAGAAUCAUUUAAAUCUGACUAUUUUUUAAAAAUUAAGGUCAUUGGAAAUUGA